AUGGGGCGGAGGAUCCUCAACGACGCGCUGCGCACGAUGGUGAACGCGGAGCGGCGGGGGAAGGCGACGGCGCAACUCCAGCCCAUCUCCGGCGUCAUGAUCUCCUUCCUCAACAUCAUGAAGCACCGAGGAGAGAAAGGUUACAUAAAAAAUUUCGAGGUCUUCGAUCCACAUAGGGUUGGAAAAAUCACCGUGGAACUUCAGGGAAGGAUUAAAGAUUGCAAAGCUCUCACUUACAGGCAGGACCUCAGAGCUACAGAAAUAGAAAAAUACAGAACUAGGAUGCUUCCAACACGGCAGUGGGGCUAUGUUGUGGUGACCACCCCAAAUGGCGUUUUAGAUCACGAGGAAGCAAUUAGGCAGAAUGUGGGUGGCCAGGUGCUCGGUUACUUCCAUUGA